AACAACAGCAACAACAACAACAAAUAAACAACAUCGAGAAAGGCAAGAAAGUAGCACAAACAAAUCUGCAGCUGAAAUAUUGUACACACAGAGAAACAGAGACACGAACACAGACAAACAAAUUACAUUACAAAACGAAGGAGGCUGCAGCAACAUCAUCAUCAUCAUCAUCAUCAUCGUCAUCAACUUAAUUAUCAUCAACUAACCAGUAGACAACAACCCCAAACCGAACGAAAACCCACGCAGCAACAAAGCAAAGCAAAGCAAAGCGAAGUAAAGCGAAGCAACCCCAAAGAAGAAUAUUUGGCGCCAGUUGGACAACAAUUGCUGCUGCCUGAGCUUAAGCCACCAUGUGGCUUCUUGCUUCUGUGAUGAUCCAUUUGUUUCCGCUGCUUUUUCAUCUGCUACUCUUGAUGCCAGUUCAUGUGACAGCGCGUUUCUGUGAAGGUGGACACAUCUGCUCGUUGCCACGUGAAUGCUGCACCCAGGGCUGCUGUCCGCCGUAUCAAGGUGGACCGCGUCAAUUGCCCCCUCCGUCAGAGCACGUACUGAACUUAUUCUUCAUCAGCCACUGGUUCUUUUGGUGCGUUGUAGUUGCCAUCAUCCUAGCCAUUCUUUGUGCCUAUUCCUUGUGGAAAAAACGUCGCACACUUUGUGGCUGGGGCUUCAACGAUCAUCAUCACACACAAUCCGAGGGAGAUUCCGCGGGUUCCUGCUAUGCACCUCCGCAAUACAGUCGCUGCAAUUCAUUUCAUCAUCCGCCGCCGCCGUACACAGAGGUCACAUCAAAACCGGAUCUCUAUCCUCUGGUCUUCACCUGCAACAGCGACAAUAGCAAAGGCAACGCCGGCUCCAGCUAUCUGAUGGUGCAAUACUUUCGCAACUAUAUUGUGCGACCUGCGGGAUCCCUGAGUGCGGCCAGCACCGAGGAGUCCCUCAGCUCCAGCUUCAUAUGCAAUGCCAACGAGGCGAACACCUUGGUGCCACCUCCAUAUUCGCGUGCCGCCAGCCCCGAGCUGAGUCUGCAGUAUGCUGCCGGAGGUGGUGGCAUUUCACAUCCGGAGCCAGCGCGUAAUUCGCAGCUGGCGGCGCCGAUGUACGGCCUGCCGCGAUCCGCUUCGCAGCUGGUGGAGCUGGAGUAUCAGCCGAGGCAUCAUCAGGUGAUGCCGGCACAUUAUGCGACUGUGGCGCUGGGCGACAGUGUGGAUGGAACGCAUUAUAGCACGCGUUUCAAUGCGACACACGCCCUAAACAGUGGACACUUUUCACCAGAUGAUUCGUCAAUUGGCGGCGAGUCAGGGAAUCAAAUGCGUCAAUUGAGCGGAGUUGGAGUUGGGGUAGGAGUUGGAAGUGGAGGUGGAGGUGGAUUUCUGCAAUCGCGCAGCGAUCAACACUUUCGCUAUAUGGCCAACAGCAUCAACAGCCUUAGUGAGAUAUUUGUGAACAACAGUUGCGCCGCCGGCUUAGGUGGCACUGCGCCAACGGACGUUGGCGGCGAUCAGGUUGCAAGUGGCGCCGCCACACAGGCCACAUCAUUGUGCAGCCUGGCCUUGGCAGCCGGUUGCACGCCUGUCAUCUAUAGCAAUGGCUGUGUGCAGCCGAAUCCAUUGAAUAGCCUCGAGAACUGCUGCCAACUGAUGUCGAUGUCCGGAGUGGAGGCGGCGGGUGCCACAGUCACCGCACCGACAACCGCAAGCACAGUCUCGGUCUCAGGUGUGAGCAGCCUUUCGAACAUCGGCACACCUGGCUCACCUCCCCAGGCCACAAGUCCCACAGAUGAGGUGCGCGAAAUACUCGAUCAGAUCAGGCAUCUUCAGGCGGGCGUUAGUUAUGAGCAAUUGCUGCUUGCCAAUGGCGGUGGCCACAAGCCGCGUCUGCAGCACACACUCUCCACACCCAUGGCAAGACCCUCAACACUGCAACAGCAACAACAACAGCAGCAGCCACAACAACAACAACAUCAGCACUCCACUUCAGCGUCAGCGUCAGCUUCAGUUUCAGCUUCGGGAGCAACACCAAUGCCAAUGACCAUAACGAGUAGCAAAAGCAAAAGCAAAUUGAAUGUGUCAAAGCCGCCGAACAAAGCUCUGUACAUACCGAUGGCUGCGAUUGUGGCGCCCUCCUCAUCCGCCCAGCGCUGUGUGCUCAAGAGUCCCGUCGGCAAUGUGGCAAGCGGUGCCACCAGUUUCCUGGUCAAUCGUGGACGCGUGGUGCGCAAAGGUUGGAUCUCACGCUCGGCCCCAACAACACCGGCCAGCGGCUUGCCGCCGAAUCGCUUUGGCGAUGACAGCCCGUUGCUCAAUGAGCACGAUGAGGACGAGGCCAUCGAUGAGGCACAUGGAGAACAGUAUGAAUAAUGCGAAGAGACUCCAUAAUAAAUGACCUUAAAUACGAUAUUUAGUUUGUAGAACACUCGGUAAAUAGAUGGGCUUGUUUUUGAGGCCAAUUGAGUCCCCAAAGAUAAACGAAACGAGCUGCAUCAAGCAAGGCAGUAAAUUCAAAUUUUAGCUUGGAUUAAAACCAGCCAACGAAGCGGAUAUUUUUGGAUCGCUUAAAAAUUUGCUUUUUCGUUUGAAACUUGAUUUACUCCGAUAAUUUAAUUCUCAAAAAUUUGGUUUUAUUAUUUAUUAAAAAAUAAUCUUAUGAAAAUA